CCGGCGGCGGGCGGACGCUCGGCGGCUGCCUCGUCGCUGGCUCACGCGCGCUCCCUCUCGCCGCCUGCGGGGAAAUCCGGGCCGCUCCAGGGGCCGCCACCGCCUCGUCCCGACCUCCUUCUGGGUCCCCUCCUGGCUAAGUUCCUUCCUCGCGCUCACCCUCGAGUAGGCAGUGGCCCGGCGUGGGUCCGGAGAGCCACCGCGGCGCGCCGGGCUGCUUAAACCAUGUUAAGGAGGAUUUUGCAGAGGACUCCUGGGAGAGUUGGCUCUCAAGGCUCUGAUUUAGAUUCAUCAGGAACUCCUAUUAACACGGUGGAUGUCAAUAAUGAAAGCUCUUCAGAGGGUUUCAUCUGUCCGUUAUGUAUGAAAAGAUGUAUAACUGCUAUUGAUUUGUCGGAGCAUUACCAGAAAGUGCACGCUGAAAAUGAAACAAGAGGACAGGAACUUCUUAAUGACUCCAGUGUUACUGGUUUCAUAUGUCCCCAGUGUAUGAAAUCUCUUGGAUCUGCUGAUGAACUUUUCAAACACUAUCAGGCAGUUCAUGAUGCUGGUAAUGAUUCCGGUCAUGGGGGAGAGGCUAAUCUUGCUCUGAAGAGAGAUGAUGUAACACUACUUAGACAAGAGGUCCAAGACCUACAGGCUUCACUUAAGGAAGAAAAAUGGUACUCAGAAGAAUUAAAGAAAGAAUUAGAAAAAUUUCAAGGGCUGCAGCAGCAAGUGUCUAAACCAGAUGGAUUGGUGGCUGAGUCAUCAGCAGAACUUCACUCUUUGGAACAACAAUUAGAAGAAGCUCAAACAGAAAAUUUUAAUAUUAAACAAAUGAAAGACUUAUUUGAACAGAAAGCAGCACAACUUGCCACUGAAAUUGCAGAUAUAAAGUCAAAAUAUGAUGAAGAAAGGAGUCUUCGAGAAGCUGCUGAACAAAAAGCGUCACAUCUGACAGAAGAAUUAAACAAAGAGGGAACUAUAAUUCAAGAUCUAAAGACUGAACUGCUUCAGAGACCUGGUAUAGAAGAUGUUGCUGUGCUAAAGAAAGAACUGGUCCAAGUUCAGACACUAAUGGAUAACAUGACCUUGGAACGUGAGAGAGAAUCUGAAAAACUCAAAGAUGAGUGCAAAAAAUUACAAGCAGAUUAUGCUAACUCAGAGGCCACAAUAAGCCAGCUAAGGAGUGAACUUGCCAAAGGGCCCCAGGAAGUUGCUGUGUAUGUGCAAGAAUUACAAAAACUUAAAAGUUCUGUUAAUGAAUUAACACAAAAAAAUCAGAACUUGACUGAAAAGUUGCUGAAGAAAGAACUGGACUAUACUCAAUUAGAAGAGAAGCAUAAUGACGAAUGUGUGAGUAAAAAGAAUAUACAAGCAAGCCUUCAUCAAAAAGACCUAGAUUGUCAACAACUUCAGUCAAGAUUAUCUGCUUCUGAAACCACACUGCAGAGAAUACAGGCAGAAUUAGGUGAAAAGGGAGAAGCUACUCAAAAACUCAAAGAAGAAUUAUUAGAAGUAGAGACCAAGUACCAGCAUCUUAAGGCAGAGUUUAAGCAGCUACAACAACAGAGAGAAGAAAAGGAGCAGCAUGGAUUACAACUCCAAAGUGAAAUCAAUCAGUUACAUAGCAAACUUCUGGAGACAGAACGCCAACUAGGGGAAGCUCAUGGAAGGCUGAAGGAGCAGAGACAGCUUUCAAGUGAGAAGUUGAUGGAUAAAGAACAGCAAGUAGCUGAUUUACAACUCAAACUUUCUCGUUUAGAAGAAGAGUUAAAGGAAAAUGUAACAAAUUCCACAGAACUGCAGCAUCAAUUAGAGAAAACAAAGCAACAGCAUCAAGAACAACAAGCUCUUCAGCAAAGCACUACAGCAAAACUUCGAGAAGCUCAGAAUGAUUUGGAACAAGUACUACGUCAAAUUGGUGAUAAGGAUCAAAAGAUCCAGAACCUUGAAGCCUUAUUACAGAAGAGUAAAGAAAAUACUUCCUUACUAGAAAAGGAAAGAGAAGAUCUUUAUGCAAAAAUUCAGGCUGGUGAAGGAGAGACUGCUGUUCUUAACCAGUUACAAGAAAAAAACCAUACAUUGCAGGAACAAGUAACUCAGCUAACAGAGAAGCUGAAGAAUCAGUCAGAAAGCCAUAAACAAGCCCAGGAGGAUUUGCAUGACCAGGUGCAAGAGCAGAAGGCACAUCUUAGAGCUGCACAAGAUCGGGUCCUUUCCCUAGAAACCAGUGUCAAUGAAUUAAAUAGUCAGUUAAAUGAAAGCAAGGAGAAGGUCUCUCAGCUUGACAUACAGGUUAAAGCCAAAACUGAAUUAUUGCUGUCAGCAGAAGCAGCAAAAACUGCUCAAAGAGCAGAUCUUCAAAAUCAUUUGGAUACAGCCCAAAAUGCAUUACAAGAUAAACAGCAGGAGUUAAAUAAGAUCACUACUCAGUUGGAUCAGGUCACUACAAAAUUGCAGGAGAAGCAAGAACAUUGCAGUCAAUUAGAAGGUCAUCUUAAAGAAUAUAAAGAGAAACACCUGUCUUUAGAACAGAAAACUGAAGAAUUAGAAGGUCAUAUUAAGAAAUUAGAAGCUGAUACUCUUGAAGUCAAAGUAAGCAAGGAGCAAGCUUUGCAGGAUCUACAGCAGCAAAGACAGCUGAACACAGAUUUAGAGUUUAGAGUCACAGAAUUGACUAAACAACUAGAAGAGGAGAAAGAAAUAGUAUCCAGUACAAAGUUGGACCUACAGAAAAAAUCUGAAGCCCUUGAAAAUAUUAAGCAAAUGCUUACCAAGCAAGAGGAAGAAAAAACAACUCUUAAAAAAGAAAUAGAAAAUUUAAGUCAAGAUGCAAAGAUGCAGCACAAGGAAUUGAACAACAAAAUUCAAACAGCAGUAGCAGAAUUACAAAAAGUGAAGAUGGAGAAAGAAACUCUAAUGGCAGAACUUUCUGCAGCAAAAGAGAAAUUAUCAAAAGUUUCUGAUUCUUUGAAGAACUCCAAAAGUGAAUUUGAAAAGGAAAAUCAGAAAGGAAAGGCUGCUAUAUUAGAUUUGGAAAAAACUUGCAAAGAAUUGAAGCAUCAAUUUCAAGUACAGAUGGAAAGCACACUUAAGGAUCAGAAUGAACUGAAAAAGUCACUUGAAAAAGAGAAGGAGACUUCUCAUCAGUUGAAGUUGGAACUCAAUUCAAUGCAGGGACAAGUCAUACAGGCCCAGGAUAAUUUAAAACAAAAGGAAAAAGAAGAACAGCAACUUCGGGGGAACAUAAAUGAGCUAAAGCAAUUGACUGAAGAGAGGAAAAAGCAAAUUGAAGCACUCCAAGGAGAAGUUAAAAUUGCUGUCUCACAGAAGACAGAGCUUGAGAAUAAACUACAGCAGCAGCUAACCCAGGCAUUGCGGGAACUUGCAACAGAGAAGGAGAAAAUGUCAACGUUACAAAACACAUAUGAAAAAAGUCAGGAAAACCUAAAACAGCUUCAGUCUGAUUUCUAUGGGAAGGAAUCUGAACUUCUUGCAACAAGGCAAGACCUUAAGUCUGUAGAAGAGAAGCUUUCUUUAGCACAGGAGGACUUAAUUUCAAACAGAAAUCAAAUUGGAAACCAAAAUAAAUUGAUUCAAGAACUAAAGACUGCCAAGGCUACUUUGGAGCAGGAUGCAACAAAGAAAGAACAGCAGUUAAAGGAGCAGAGUGCAGCACUACAAAAUAUUCAGAAAGAAAAGUCACUGAAAGAAAAAGAACUAGCAAGUGAAAAAUCUAAAUCGGCAGAGAUAGAAGAAAUUAAGUGUAGACAAGAAAAAGAAAUUGCUAAACUGAGUGAAGAACUCAAAUCCCACAAGCAAGAAAGCAUAAAGGAGUUAACAAAUCUCAAGGAUGCCAAACAGCUUUUGAUUCAGCAGAAACUAGAGCUUCAAGGGACAAUAGAUUCCCUGAAGGCAAUCCUUGAACAGGAGAAGAAGAAUCAGCAAAUGCUAAAAGAGCAGGUGAAAAAGGAAGAAGAUGAGUUGAAGAAAGAAUUUAUUGAGAAGGAAGCUAAACUGCAUUCUGAAAUAAAAGAAAAAGAAGUAGGAAUGAAGAAGCAUGAAGAAAAUGAAGCGAAACUUACCAUGCAGAUUACAGCAUUAAAUGAAAAUUUAGGCACUGUGAAGAAGGAGUGGCAGUCCAGCCAACGGAGAGUUAGUGAGCUCGAGAAGCAGACUGAUGACUUACGGGGUGAAAUUGCAGUAUUAGAAGCAACGGUUCAGAAUAAUCAAGAUGAAAGGAGAGCACUACUAGAAAGAUGUCUUAAAGGAGAGGGUGAAAUAGAAAAGCUUCAAAACAAAGUACUAGAAGUGCAAAGAAAGCUGGAUAAUACAACUGCAGCCGUGCAGGAGCUGGGCAGAGAGAAUCAGUCCCUUCAAAUCAAGCAUACGCAAGCAUUGAAUAGGAAGUGGGCUGAAGAUAAUGAAGUACAAAACUGUAUGGCCUGUGGGAAAAGCUUUUCAGUAACAGUGAGACGGCAUCACUGCAGACACUGUGGAAAUAUCUUCUGUGCCGAGUGUUCAGCCAAAAAUGCCUUAACUCCUUCUUCCAAGAAGCCUGUUCGUGUCUGUGAUGCAUGUUUCAAUGACUUGCAAGGAUAAUGGGUUAUCGCAACUUCAGAAUAAUAUUACGCUAACAUUAGCUUUUUAAUAAAUGUCCUUAAUAGAGUUCCUGGACUACUAUUUGAUUUGGACAGUGGUUGCAAUACUAAACCAAAUUAGAAUUCGUAUAUUUUGGAAUGCUGUCAAUAUCAAGUAAAACUCUUCUAUUUUUGUGAGACUUGGGUUCAUCUUUCAUUACUGUUUUCAUUUAACUCCUGGAACAGCUUUCAUGCCACGUUUAGAAUUAGGCAAUGAAAUGUAAAUAAACUUUGGACAGAAAAUAGCAAUGUAUUUUUUUAAAUAUAAUUUCAUUGUUCACAAAUGACGUGAAUAUACUUCCAUAACUUACUUCUUUCUCCCAAAUUGAGUGUACAGAAAUGUACAUGGAUGUUAUCACAUUAUAUAUGUUGCACAGUAACACAUUAAAUAUGUUAAAUAUUCUCUUUCUAAAGUCAGGCACAGAAUUGUAAAACUUUAUGACUCUGUUUCUUUUUAUAUAUAGGUCCAAACCUUAAUUAUAUUGUUACAUUAUAAAUUUAUGCUCAAGAGAUCAAAACACAUUUUAUGUUGAAAUAAAUAUUAACCAUGAAUUCAAAAUUGGUUUUGCUUUAACAAUACUGAUUAGAUUAUUUUGGGUAGAUUUUAGGAAAACCUCAGUGAAAUCAGUUUGCUUACUUUCUGAUUAUCCUAGGGUUGCAUUAUAAAGAUUAGGGUUACCUUUUCUUUUUCAUUCUCAGAUUUAAACUCCAAAUUAUUCUCCGUUAAGGAUCCUACAAAGGUUCCCACCCUCACCCUAGGUUGGAAGGUGAAUAAUAGAAAUUGUCUAAUGGUCCAAUUCUCAGUUUCUUAUAAAUGGGAGGUCUUCUGAGAUUAGCCUUCAUAUUGUUUCCUCGUUUGUCUCUCUAGCAUCUUCAGGAAUGAGUUUGCUUUUUCAGUGGAUCUGCUUUUUUCUUUAAUUUGGUUUAACCUUCCCAAGUAUAGCUCAGAUCCAUGGUAAUUGUUUUAUAAUUUUUGUGUCUUAAAGCCAGUAACUGAUGUUGCUAUAUUCUUAUCUGUGAAAACCAAAUGCAAAAUGGUAAGGAGACAUUAAAUAUUUUACUUUAUACUUUCUUUUUACCUAAUAGGGGAGAAUUUUAAAAGUUGUGAGCUUAAAUUUAAAAUGGUUCUGAAUUUGGAUUCCACAUCAACUGGUAAAUCUUUUUACUUUGCAAAAAUAAUGCUGUGAAAUUACCCUGAAGUGAUAGCUGGAGAGUAGAGUUUCACUAGAAACAAAUGUAUUUAGGAAUCCCAAAGUUGCCAUCAGAAUUAAAACAGAAUGGCUAAUUAAGGAUAAUUAAAAAUCAGCUUAUUUGUAUGCUGAACAAUGUAAUUGAACUUUAAAUUAUCAUAGUCUUAUUAAUUUGGAAAAUUAGAAAACAUCUGAAGAGGGAAAUCAUUAAUAAUGGUUUAUUACUCUUUCUAGAGAAGAAAUGUAAAGUUAUACAUUUUUUCAGUGCAAUUAUUUGGUAGUAAUAGGAAAGAAAGGAGUUAAUAUUUUAUUUACAAUAAGUAGUUUAUAUAUAUACUUGCUUUCAAAUAUCAUACUGAAAUGAAAUGAACUUAUGUUUAUGCUAUACCAACAAUAUAUAUAAACUAAAAGUGAUUGCUACAUAUUCAAUCAUUAAAACAACCCAUUUAAGUAAACCAUGUUGUAAGUAGCUAUUAAAGAUCCUGACUGAAGCUCUGAACUUGGAUAUACAUAUAACCUUUAACAUAUAUAAUGAAGAAAUAUGAUGGCUCAUUAUUAAAAAUACCUGGAUAAUAAAAAUUGAGCUAAAAUUAUUUAUGUAUUUUCGCAUACUUAUAAAUCCUUUCAAAUAGUAUUAAUUCUAUACUUUUACAUAUAGGGACUUAAUAAAUGUGUUGGAAAAAAUAGAUGUUCACAGCACCGUUUAUUCUUUUAAGAUAAUAAAACUUCAUGAGAAUUCUUCUAGAUUAGAAUAUUUGUUCACUUCAUCUCCUAAUUAGGUGCAUUGAAGGCCUUUUCCCUUAUUGCCCUACCCACAUAUUUACACAAAAAUAAAUUUAAAAAGUUGUGGGGGCAACAAAUAAAAUUGUAUGUGUUUGAAUGAUUUUCUAGUUUUCAUCUAGCUAAUCUCAUUUCAUAGGUUCUGAAUAAUUUACCAUUGGCUAUUGUACUAAUAAUACUAGAAAUGAAACUUAAUAUUUUUGUUGUUAACUGUCACCAAUUUAAGAUUUUUGAAAACAACAAUUAAAGGGUUUUCUUUUUCUUUUAAUUAAAAAAUUCAUAUAAGUUCUUAUUGGCUCUACAUUUUUGAUGUCUGCUGGUACUGUUCAUCAGUGAGUUAGAGUAUGUGUGGAGGCACAGCUCUCAGCUCUGAUGCAAAGCAUAUUAGCAUCACGUGUUAGUAAAUUUCAAACCGCAGCACAGAAAAGUGAGCUAAAAUCAAGUCUUGAUGGGUUAGUGUAUAGUAAACUAUACCUAUGGAAUUUUUUUUUAAUAGAAGACAAAGCUGCUCGUAUGGGAUUUGUUCAUUUUGAGAAAACAAAGGGAAACAAACACAAAAACCUCAAAGCAGUGUACAAAUAACAUUUUGUUCAACUACCUCUUAAUGUGGAAUUAGCUAGUUUAAUAGUUUCCUCACAGUAAUGUUAAAUAGUAACUGCCAAAUUUGUUUCCCAUCUCUUUAAAAGGCUUUAUGGUUAUUUUAUAGUUUUGAGAACUUUAAAUUCACUUCUUUUUAAACCUUGCAUUUGCAUAAAAAUGUUUAGCUUUUAAGUGGAGAGCAAAUUAUGAUCAUAUAUUUUGAUAUUCAUGAUCUAUUGACUAUAGAAUUUUUUUAAUGCACUUUGGCUAUAAAACCAUGAAUGACUUGUUCUAUAAGAUUUAAAUGUGCCGUCAAUUUAGUAUUCCUAGACAUGAGUGUGAUGAAUGGUAUUCUGUAAUUAUAAUAUGCCACACAUUAGCGUGUCUUAAUUUCCCUUUGCCUGAAUUUUAACAAUCAGUUUGUUAAUGUUGCAGAUGUGAAUAUUGUGCAUAAACUUACUAAAUUUAUGUAAAAUUGUGUAAAAUAGAAUCGGAAAUAGUGAAGUUCUUCCAGUGUAGUAGUAAUGAAUUUAUUAUAACAUGAUGCAGUUAUGUAUAUGGCAUUCUGUAUUUCUUUGAACUGGAUCACAUAUUCAUAUCCUCUGUAGAUACUUUUGCAUGAGCAUUUUCUUGUUUAGUUUUUGGAUUCAUUAUUUGUAUUGUGUUUACUACCUGUGAUCAUGUUGUUGUGCCUUAUUUGUGAGAGAGUUUAGCUAAAAAAUACUGUAAUUUCUAAACUCAGUGAUUGAAGGUUAUUGAUUAUAAAUGUAACUAAUAAAUUACAUGACAGCAUUUAAAUCUGUAUAAAGAUCAAUGGAAGGAUCCUUAUUGUUGCUUUUGUUUUUUUAAUAUGUUAAAGAUGAUAUUAAAAACAUUUCUUUCUAGUAGAUGUA